CGCCAGUGGCUGCAGCGACAUAUUGCCUGGCGUCAUCGGCGACUCCAUCGAACUGCUACGGUCAAGGUUGCGCAGACGUACGAUGACGGAGCUAAUAUUGAUUCUUGACGUCUAAGAUAGAGCCAGGCCGCAGAUACUGUAGUGACUGCAGUCAUGUAGCCUAGCCUCCCGCACAUACGACACUUCUCAAUGAACCCCGGAGAGCUCCAGUCGCCACGCGUGAGCGAUGAUUUCUAGUCAGGUACAAAAAGGGGCAUUGCGGAACAGCAGUCUAAUAAUACCAAAGCGAGACAUUGCCGCCUCUAUUCUUAUCCGUCCCUGAAUUGUGUCUCUCCUCAGUGUGACGAGACAUAGACAGCUACAGACGUUGUCUGUCAAUAGUCUUUGACACUAGUGCCUGGAUCCAGCUCGACGUGGGCGGUGCCUGACAGGGCCCGACCAGGUUCCAGAGCGCUAGCGUCCGGUUGCUCGUGGCCAACCCACCAACCAACGCCGUCCAACACAUCCUGCAGCCAUUGCAUGCCUAGGUGCAUCUGGCGAUGCAAGGCGGCUCUGUUAUGUGGCAUUGUGGAAGCCAGUCGUGUCAAGGCAGGCCGUCACAUUGUCGGCCACGAUGCAUCUGAAGUUGCAUAUACACUUACUCCUAUCCCUGCCCAUGUGCUUGAGCUGCAUUCAGGGCAAAGGUGGUUCACGCAGGACGAUCCGAGCCGCGAGGGCAGACUCUGAACGCCAAAAGCUGGUCGGCGCAAUCAUGUAAGACAAGCAGCCCCGGAAGCCCAUGCGUAAACGGACGGGAUCGAUGCCAGGGCCAGGAUUCAACUGCUAUCCAGAGAGAGAAUCGCAGCGGCCAAGUGGAAACAAAAGAUGCGUCCCGUUACCGAAUCUGGCUAUUGCCGCGGACUUGCUCGAGAAGGCAGACUAUUGCACAACGGUAGGAAUCCAUCUUUUGCGGUGGUGACUGCGGCACAAGAGGUCGCCGGUGGGCUUAUCCACCUCUGGUGCAGCAGGCACAAUCGCAAAAGGAUAAAGCGCGGGAGGCUUGGGAUGGCUGGGUUUAGUGUGCACAUUUUGGUCGUGGCCUGUUUGGCUGACUAUGCGUGCUUGUGCAUGUACUUGGCUUGGUGGCCACGCAUCGGCCAGACUAAUGCUUUCUUUUGCGGUGGGUUGUCUUCUCCCCACCAGCACGACCAGCGACGCCGCCCGCCCCUGGAUCGCCGUAUGCGACGGUUGUGUUUCUGUUGAGGUUCCUUGUACCUUGCAUUAUUUCCUUUUUAUGGGAGAGAGAGAGACUCAUGACUGGCCAUCGUCGUUUGCACCUCGUUCUGAGGUACGCCUAGAACCUCAUCGCUCUGCUAGUCAGCUACCAUCCACCACCAUCAACAUUGUUGCGAUACGAGGCUCUUAGACGAGCAGAUAGAUAGCUCGGGAAAUAUUUGACAGCCCGCUUGACGAGUCAAUCUCAGCCAACCCUCGCAAAGAAGAAUGAGACCGGGCCGAAGCCGAGCCCAAGUACUGUACAAAGUCUCUUCCCACCAAUCCAGGGGUGUGUGUCAUGAAGCAGGCGUAUGGAUGAGCAUGGGUGUGUGCAUGGCAGUGGAGCGGCCACCCACCGACCGCCUCCCCCCCUGUCGCCCAGAGCCGAUGCACUUGCAGCUGGACAAGCGAGUCCACUUGCUUCGCAACUUGAUCGUCCGCCAGCGUGUGGGUGCCGGCCUACUUACAGAGUAUAUAUCAUCUCCUCUCCUCCGCUACCUAGCCGCAGUGCAUUCUGCCGACCUCCGGGUGACGUCCAGUGAUCGAUGCCGUUGCAUCUGGGCUUCAACUUACCGAUAUAUACCGUGUGACUAGACCUGAUUGCGUGUCUGGUCAUUCGCAUAAACCAAGUCGCUUACAUUCAUCAACACUGACCACUCAUCUAACACCAUUGCAAUAGUCCAGCCACUUCCACAACAUCGGACACAAGUGCAGCUAAUGGAGUUUCCUUGAAACACAGAACAAGAGCACACCUGAAGCAGCAUCGUUGGCUGCCACCUCAUCGAACCCUCGACGCCAACGACAACCUAGUCAAUAUGACUGACUCUGCUCAAGCUCUCACCAUCGCUCUGGCGGCUGGCAUUCCUGCUGCAUUUGUAGUAGCUGUCGCCGCCUUUCUUAUUUGUCGCUCGCAGCGUCGUAAGGCUCGUCUCUUCCGCCGCGGCAUUACACCCAUCGGAGAUGAAGAAAUCGAGUCCUGGAAGGUUGACAGCGAUGUGGAAAAGACAUCGAUUGACCGAAACCGACCAUCCCACCAUACCACUCGCUCUACAUCCUCUAUCCAGAAACCAGCCAGCGUUAUUGUGUACACGCCGGGACAGUAUACCCGCCGGCUUUCUGAACAAUCUUCACCUAAGUCACCAAAGUACAAACGCAGCUUAGAAAUCGCCCCCCUCUCACAAGCACGCGCCCCCAAUGCUCGUCCUGGACUCACCGAUGAGUCUGUACAGGGUGAGGCUGCUUACCUGACUCACAAGCGUCAGACAUCACGCCUAUCCAAAUAUCCUUCCCCCACCACCGGGCAGCGCAGUCGUGCAUGGAGCACCCGCAGCAUGACACGCCCUGAUGUACACGAGCAAUGGUACGGAGACGAGUUGCCACCAAGACGCUCCACGGAGACGUUUACUCGUGCCCGUUCUAUGCACACCACCACAAGCAAGGCUCGUUCCUCCAUCUCCUACUCACGCAUGUCACUAGACAACGAACCACUUCCAGGCGGCCUGUCACCCCGCCCACAGGUUCACCAGUCUGAGAUUGGCCGCGCUAUUGGUUGAAGGUCACAACACAGACAUCAACCAAUAGAUGCCAUCCAGCACAUCACACUGGCGUUGGCUAAUGAUUAUCAUAAAGGAACAAGACCCAAUGCAGAAAUAAACACACAGGGCGAUGAAACAAACGUGCAGCCCACGCUCAUCUUAGACCCUUGUCUCUACUGCAGCUGCAGCUCCCCACGCCAGCCCCCCCUGGCCGGGAUGAAUUCUGAGGGUACGGAAAUAAGCCAGCGAAACGUUGGUCCGCUAUCCCAAUUCAACGCAUGCAGCAUAUAAACAAGCAAUAUCUAUCGCUUUUAUGCGGCAUACUACGUUGCGAAGAUAUGCAUACAUCUCCACCCGGCCACAGAUGAACAGCGCUGCAUAACAUGGCUCCUCACACGAGCACUUCGAUCUCUCUUUCUUUUUCCUUAUUGGCAUGUCUUCUUUCACACGUUUACACCCGCCUAGACGGCGCAGUUUUUUUUAAGGUAACACAGGCCCAUGCUGCCUUUGAAGGCACUUGCCUGUGCACAGUAACCAAGGGACCACGAAGACUGGAUAUACCCCCCUUUGGAUUGUUUUGUGAGUUUGCGGCAUAGCGGCUGCAGGAUCGCCGUAUUUCUGCCAGUAAAUACAGACAAUAAAUAGCUUCCCAGCGCUAUUAUGCGCUAGAAUAUAACACAAAUAUUUAUUUUGCCUCA